UUGCCUUAGUGUAUAGGGUUUGCUUUUCUUUCUUGUUGGUAUUAAAGGGAAGAAAAGGAACUAGCUUUCAAGCUUAUAAAGUCCAUGUGCUUUUCUUUUGUUGUCUUUUGAGUAGUGUUGAACAAGAAUGUGUUGUUUAAAUCUUCUCUAGCUUACCUGCCUUGUCCUCUUUUUAUUUUUACUCCUGUGUUUGCUCUUACCGAGCUAGUGUUUUUCAUUCAUUCAAAAAACAGAGGUGAAGAUAUGACUAAAGAAGAAAACUUUAAGCUGCUCAAGAUUCAGACUUGUGUUCUCAAAGUGAACAUACACUGUGAUGGUUGCAAGCAGAAAGUGAAGAAACUCCUCCAGAGAAUUGAAGGUGUUUACCAAGUAAGCAUAGAUGCUGAGCAGCAGAAAGUUACAGUCUCAGGGAGUUUUGAUUCUGCAACUUUGAUCAAGAAACUGUUCAGGGCUGGUAAAUAUGCUGAGGUUUGGUCCCAGAAGUCCAACCAGAACCAGAAUCAAAACCAAAAGCAGAAGAACAACUGCAUCAAAGAUGACAACAAGAGCAACAACAACAACAAAGGCCAAAAGAAAGGUAUACUGAAAGGGAUUGAUGCAUUCAAGAACCAGCAUCAGCAGAAGUUUCCCACUUCCAUUCCUGAGGAAGAUGAUUAUAUGGAUGAUUAUGACGAAGAAGAGGAUGAAGAAGAGGAGAUGCAGUUUCUCAAACCGAACCAGAUCGGUCAGUUGGGUCAGCUCGGUGGUUUGCUUGGACAACAAGCACUCGAUGCUGCAAAUAAUGCUAAAAAAUAUGUUGAGAACAAUUCUGCAGGUUCCAGCAAUAAUAAUAUUAACAACAAUGUUGGGAAGAAAGGGAACCCCAACCAGAAUAUGGGGGUGAAGGUCAACCCUGGUUUGCUUGAUCAGAAAACAUUGGCAGCUCUGAAGAUGAAUAAUGCUCAGUUAGGCGGCUUAAAUGCCGGUGCCGAGGCCAAGAGGGGAAACGAAAUGAACUCCAUCGCCGGUCUUUCCGGUUUUCAUGGAAACAAUGCUGCUAAUGUUUUUCCUAAUGCUUCUGUUUUAGGAGCCAAUCCCAAUGGUUUGGGAGGAUAUCAUCAAGUUCAAUCCAACAAUUGCUUGCAGGGGCCAUCCCCAACGAGUUUCCCGAACGGUGGAUUCACUACCGGUCAAUAUCCAUCACCGAUGCUCCUGAACCACAACGGCUACAACCACCCAUCGUCGUCUAUGAUGAACAUGCAGAACAGGCAACUACCUCAGAUGAUGCAUCAUAGAUCCGCUUUAAUCCCCCCUAGCACCGGCUACUAUUACAAUUACAGCAUUCCACCAUACACAUUCCCUGAAGUCCCCAAUUAUGCUAAUCAUCAUCAAUCUAUUGCAACAGCCCAUAUGUUCAGUGAUGAAAACACAAGCAGCUGUUCAAUAAUGUAAUGAGAGGAUGUAAUUCUACUGUGUACCGUAGGACAUGUUGGAGUCAAAAUCUUGUCUGUUUAUGGUGUAGAUGGUUAAGUCCAUGUUAUCUUUUAUCUUAUUUAAGUAUUCAACUUCAGCUCCG